AUGCCUGUCCGAGCGGAGGCGAGGGCGGCGGGGCGCGCGGUGGCCCUGGUGCUGCUGCUGCUGCUGCUGCUCCCUGCCGUGCCGGUCCGCGCGCCGCUGCCCCCGCUGCAGCCCAGCAUGCCCCACGUGUGUGCCGAGCAGGAGCUGACCCUGGUGGGCCGCCGCCAGCCCUGUGUGCAGGCCUUCAGCCGCAUGGUGCCCGUGUGGAAGCCCGGCUGCGGGCCACAGGCGUGGUGCAUCGGCCAUGAGCGCAGAACCAUCUACUACAUGGGCUACCGGCAGGUCUACGCCACGGAGGCCCGGACCGUGUUCAGGUGCUGCCGAGGGUGGACCCGGCAGCCCGGCGAGGAGGGCUGCCUCUCGGCCCAGUGCAGCCCUGGCCUCUGUUUUAACGGUGGUCACUGCGUGCCAGGCUCAGCCCAGCCAUGCCACUGUCCCCGAGGCUUCCAGGGUCCCCGCUGUCAGUACGAUGUGGACGAGUGCGCCAGCGCCAACGGCGGCUGCGAGGGGCGGUGCUGCAACACCGUGGGGGGCUUCUACUGCCGGUGCCUCCCCGGCCACCAGCUGCAGGGAGACGGCAAGACGUGCCAAGAUGUGGACGAGUGCCGAGCGCACAACGGCGGCUGCCAGCACCGGUGCGUGAACACCCCGGGCUCCUACCUCUGCGAGUGCAAGCCCGGCUUCCGGCUCCACACGGACGGCAGGACCUGCCUGGCCAUCGACUCCUGCUCCCUGGGCAAUGGCGGCUGCCAGCACCGCUGCGUCCAGCUCACGGUGACGCGGCACCGCUGCCAGUGCCGGCCCGAGUUCCAGCUCCAGGAGGACGGCAGGCGCUGCGUCCGCAGAAGCCCGUGUGCGGACAGGAACGGCGGCUGCAUGCACACGUGCCAGGUGCUCCAGGGCCUCGCCCGCUGUGCGUGCCACACGGGCUACCAGCUGGCAGCGGACGGCAAGGCCUGCGAAGACGUGGAUGAAUGUGCCACGGGGCUGGCCCAGUGUGCCCACGGCUGCCUCAACACUCCAGGGUCCUUUAAGUGUGUGUGUCAUGCGGGCUACGAGCUGGGUGCUGACGGCCGCCAGUGCUACCGGAUCGAGAUGGAGAUUGUGAACAGCUGCGAGGCCCACAACGGCGGCUGCUCCCACGGCUGCAGCCACACCAGCACGGGGCCCCUCUGCACCUGCCCCCGCGGCUACGAGCUGGAUGCCGACCAGAAGACCUGCGUGGAUGUGGACGACUGUGCGGACUCCCCGUGCUGCCGGCAGGUGUGCACCAACAGCCCCGGCGGGUACGAGUGCGGCUGCUACGCCGGCUACCGGCUCAGCACGGACGGCUGCAGCUGUGAGGACGUGGACGAGUGCGCCUCCGGCCACGGUGGCUGUGAGCACCACUGCACCAACCUGCCCGGCUCCUUCCGCUGCUCCUGCGAGGCCGGCUUCCGGCUGGACGAGGACCGCAGGGGCUGCUCCCCGCUGCAGGAGCCCACGGUGGACCUGGAUGGCCAGCUGCCCUUCGUGCGGCCCCUGCCCCACCUGGGGGUGCUCCCGGAUGAGCUGCCGCUGCUCCUGCAGGACAACUACGUGGGGGCCGAGGAGGAGGAGGCGGAGCUGCGGGGCGAACACACGCUCGUGGAGAAGUUUGUCUGCCUGGGCGACUCCUUCGGCCACGACUGCAGCUUGAGCUGCGCCGACUGCAGGAACGGAGGGACCUGCCUGCCAGGCCUGGACGGCUGUGACUGCCCGGAGGGCUGGACCGGGCUCAUCUGCAAUGAGACUUGUCCCCCAGACACCUUCGGGAAGAACUGCAGCUUCUCUUGCAGCUGUCAGAACGGUGGGACUUGCGACCCCGUGACCGGGGCCUGCCGCUGCCCCCCGGGUGUCAGUGGAACCCACUGCGAGGACGGCUGCCCCAAGGGCUUCUAUGGCAAACACUGUCACAAGAAAUGCCACUGCGCCAACCGGGGCCGGUGCCACCGCCUCUACGGGGCCUGCCUCUGCGACCCGGGGCUCUACGGCCGCUUCUGCCACCUUGCCUGCCCGCCCUGGGCGUUCGGGCCAGGCUGCUCAGAGGAGUGCCGGUGCGUGCAGCCCCACACGAGGUCCUGCGACAGGAGGGACGGCAGCUGCUCCUGCAAGGCCGGCUUCCGGGGAGAGCGGUGUGAGGCGGAGUGUGAGCCGGGCUCCUUCGGGCCGGGGUGCCUGCAGGUGUGCGGCUGCCCGCCGGGCGUGGCCUGCGACCCCGUGAGCGGCGAGUGUCGGACGCCGUGUCCCGCUGGCUCCCAGGGGGAGGACUGUGGCCAAGAGUGCCCGGAGGGGACAUUUGGCAUGAACUGCUCAGGCUCCUGCUCCUGUGACGGGGCCCCCUGCCACCGGGUCACUGGGCAGUGUCUGUGCCCGCCGGGGAGGACGGGGGAGGACUGUGGGGCAGAUUGUCCCGAGGGCCGCUGGGGGCUUGGCUGCCAGGAGAUAUGCGUGGCGUUGUGAGCAUGGUGCCCCGCUGUGACCCCGAGACUGGAGCCUGCCUGUGCCACCCCGGCUUUGUUGGCAGCCGCUGCC